UCUUCAAAUUCUGGUCCUUUUACUUCAAUCUGAUUAGCUACUGCUUUGUAUAAAAUAAAAUCUACCCGUUUCUAACUUCAUCAUCUUUCCCAUGGCUGCUUCUCAUAUCAAUUUCCUUUUCCUUUCUUCUCUCUUCCUUCUUCUACUUUCGUCUUCUUCUUCUUCUUCUCAUUCAGUAAAUGUUUUGUCCCUCAGAAAACAGGCCUCAAUCUUGGUUUCUUUGAAGCAAGGUUUUGAAUCCUACUACCCUUCUCUUCAGACCUGGGAUGCAUCGAACUACUUGUUGCUUUGUUCUUGGACUGGAAUCCAAUGUGACCACAUGAACACAUCAGUUAUUGGUGUUGAUAUCUCUAAUUAUAACAUUUCUGGGUCCUUGUCCCCUGUAAUCACCCAGCUGCAAAGCCUUGUCAAUCUGUCAGUCAGUGGAAACAGCUUCUCAGGCCAGUUUCCAACAGAUAUUCACAAGCUAACCAGGCUUCAGUUCCUCAACAUAUCUAACAACAUGUUCAGUGGCGAAUUCAACUGGGAAUUCUCACGAAUGAAGAAGCUCGAAGUGCUCGACGCUUACGACAAUUACUUCAAUGGCUCCUUGCCUUUGGGUGUCACUGAUCUUCCGAAUCUGAGAUACUUAAGUUUUGGCGGGAAUUACUUGAGUGGGAAAAUCCCUCCGAGUUAUGGAAAAUUCAGGCAGCUCAAGUACUUGUCCCUGGCUGGAAAUGAUUUGGGCGGUUCAAUACCGAGAGAGCUGGGAAAUCUUACCAGUCUGGAGCAACUCUACUUGGGUUAUUACAAUGAUUUUAAUGGAGGAAUCCCAGCAGAAUUUGGUAGGCUGAUUAAUCUGGUUCAUCUGGAUCUUGCAAACUGUAGCUUGCAGGGUAGUAUUCCUCCAGAGCUGGGAAAUCUCAAGAAACUAGACACUCUCUUCUUGCAAACCAAUGAGCUGAGUGGUUUAAUUCCACCGGAGCUCGGAAACAUGACUAGUCUUAAAUCACUUGAUCUUUCAAACAAUAAAUUAACAGGAGAGAUCCCACUCCAAUUCUCAGCCCUCCAGGAACUUCUUCUCCUCAAUCUUUUUGUCAACAGCUUCCAUGGAGAAAUCCCAUCUUUCAUUUCCCAGCUACCCAAGUUGGAAGUUCUCAAGCUAUGGCGGAAUAACUUUACAGGUUCUAUCCCUUCAGACCUCGGACGAAAUGGUAGAUUGAUGGAGCUCGAUCUUUCCAGUAAUAAGCUCACAGGACUCCUCCCCAGCUCACUCUGCUUUGGAAGGAGGCUCAAGAUUUUGAUUUUGUUCAAUAACUUCUUGUUUGGUCCUCUUCCUCGUGAUCUUGGUAAAUGCUACACUCUAACUAGAGUUAGAAUGGGUCAAAAUUAUAUGACUGGGUCCAUACCAGAUGGGUUUCUGUACUUUCCUAAUCUAUCACUUGUAGAGUUGCAGACCAAUUAUUUGAAUGGCCAGAUUCCUUCACAGACAACCAAGGAACCCUCCACGCUUGCCCAGCUCAAUCUUUCCAACAAUCGCUUAUCUGGGUCUCUUCCUGCUUCCAUUGGAAACCUGUCUAGCUUGCAGACUCUUCUCCUUACUGCAAACUCUUUCACAGGGGAAAUUCCAUCUGAAAUUGGUCAGCUCAAAAGUCUGAACAAGUUGGAUAUGAGUAUGAAUAACUUUUCAGGUAGAAUCCCUCCUGAGAUGGGUAACUGUCUGCAGCUAACUUACUUAGAUUUGAGUCGGAACCAGCUCUCAGGUCCCCUUCCGGUUCAAAUUUCUCAAAUUCACAUUCUAAACUAUCUCAAUGUGUCCUGGAACAAUCUGAACCAGAGUCUCCCCAGAGAGAUUGGAUCUAUGAAGAGUCUAACCUCUGCUGAUUUCUCCCACAACAAUUUCUCUGGUUCAAUACCUGAAUUUGGACAGUACUCAUUCUUUAACUCCACAUCCUUUGUGGGUAAUCCUCAGCUCUGUGGAUCUCAAUCCAACCCGUGCAAUUCCUCGUCAACCUCACCUUUACAAUUACAUAACCAGAACACCACCAAAUCAUCUCAAAUCUCGGCUAAAUUCAAGCUCCUCUUUGCACUGGGACUGUUAUUUUGUUCACUGGUGUUCGCCCUUCUGGCAAUAUUCAAGACCCGGAAAGUAGGAAGAAAUUCAAAUUCAUGGAAGAUCACUGCAUUUCAGAAGCUGGAAUUUGGAAGCCAAGACAUUCUGGAAUGCAUAAAGGAAAACAACAUAAUAGGGAAAGGUGGAGCAGGGAUUGUUUACAGAGGAGUAAUGCCUAAUGGAGAGCAAGUAGCAGUGAAGAAACUAUUAGGUAUAAACAAAGGGUGUUCUCAUGACAAUGGUCUGUCAGCAGAGAUUCAGACUUUGGGUAGUAUUAGACACAGAAACAUCGUGCGAUUGCUUGCGUUUUGUUCGAACAAGGAGAUGAAUUUGCUUGUGUAUGAGUACAUGCCAAAUGGAAGCUUAGGUGAGGUUCUGCACAGGAAGAGUGGAGGGAAUCUCAAAUGGGAAAUAAGGUUGAAGAUCGCCAUUGAAGCAGCAAAAGGAUUAUGUUACCUGCACCAUGAUUGUUCUCCUCUCAUCCUCCAUCGAGACGUCAAGUCCAACAACAUUCUACUCAACUCAGACUUUGAGGCUCAUGUUGCUGAUUUUGGGCUUGCCAAGUUUCUGCAAGAUACUGGGACCUCACAAUGCAUGUCUGCAAUUGCUGGUUCCUAUGGUUAUAUUGCUCCAGAGUAUGCGUACACAUUGAAAGUGGACGAGAAGAGCGAUGUAUACAGCUUCGGAGUGGUACUACUGGAGCUGAUAACGGGGAAAAGACCAGUCGGUGAUUUCGGGGAAGAAGGAAUAGACAUUGUUCAAUGGAGCAGGGUAAAAAGCAAUUGCAGUAAGCAAGGGGUGGUGAACAUACUUGAUCAGAGAUUAAUAAGUAACAGUGUGAUGGUAAAGGAAGCAAUGCAGGUGUUCUUUGUAGCCAUGUUAUGCGUUCAAGAACAGAGCGUGGAACGACCAACCAUGAGAGAAGUUGUCCAAAUGCUUGCUCAGGCCAAACACCCUUCCACUUUUCACAUGCAAUAAUCCUACCUAAUUAAUUAUAUAUAUUUUAUAUCAUCAACCUUAUACACAUUCCAAAUUUGGCAGCCUUUAGGGUUCUCACAUGACAUCACAACACAAGAGAAAGUGAGAGAGAGAGAGAGAGAGUAUAUAUAUAGAGUGUAUUUUUUGGGUUGCCCUUCUUGUCUCCUUUGUCUUUUUCUCUUCUUUCUUUUCUUUUAAGUACGCAGAUCAUCGUUGGUUAUUAAAUAAUAUGCUGUAGUAAUUAGAGUUAAGCGUAGAGGUGGUAUAUAUAUAUAUGUGUGUAACUUCUAGUGGAUUCAAGGUGCGAAAGAAAAAGAAAAAGGCUGCAGCGAGCUGCAGACAUGACCGAGGGAGCAGUACAAUGUAGGAGCUGAUGAAAACACAAUGAAUGGAGAAGGAAUUGGGUUGCCUUCAUUAUUGUGUCAUCAUUAAUAUUUUUUUUGGGGGGGGAGGGAUUAUUUCGACCAACUUAUAUGAAGAUGCUUCUUAUGA